AAAACAGAGACUUGUUGAUUCGUGAAGCCGAAAAAAAAUGGUAAUUCUCAGCAACGUCUCGUUGUUCUCCUGCUGCAACAUCUCUCAGAAACCAUCUCUCUCGUCUCUCUCCAAUUCUCCGUCUUCUCGUAAUUCUCAUUGUGCGCUUCGUUACUCUCAGGAAGGAAAAGAAGUUGUUGUUAGUCCUUUGAGAAGUGUGGUUUGGUCAUCAGGAGAAGAGGUUUCAAAGAGAAGUCUACUUGCACUUGUCUCUGCUUCUCUCUUCUUUGUUGAUCCUGCUCUUGCUUUUAAGGGUGGAGGUCCCUAUGGACAAGGAGUCACCAGGGGACAGGACUUAUCCGGCAAAGAUUUCAGUGGCCAGACUCUUAUCAGGCAGGACUUCAAAACGUCCAUCCUAAGGCAAGCCAACUUCAAGGGUGCGAAGUUGUUAGGUGCUAGCUUCUUUGAUGCAGAUCUAACAGGUGCUGAUUUAUCGGAAGCUGAUCUCCGAGGUGCAGAUUUCUCCUUGGCAAACGUAACAAAGGUGAAUUUAACGAACGCUAACUUGGAAGGAGCGACUGCUACUGGAAACACAUCAUUCAAGGGAUCAAACAUUACAGGCGCAGACUUCACCGAUGUCCCUCUAAGAGAUGAUCAAAGAGUAUACCUUUGCAAAAUCGCGGAUGGAGUUAACGCGACUACUGGGAAUGCAACGCGGGACACAUUGCUCUGCAACUAAACUGUGAAAUCUAAAGCUUUGGACUGUGGGAGUCUUCUUCUUAUAAUUUUUUUUCGAGAUUUGAGCAUUGUGUAGCUUUUUGUGCAUGUUGUUGCAGAGAAUGUGUGUAUAUAACUAUAUAUAUUAUUUACUAAUCUCAAGCUUGACCUUGAGAGAUUGAUUAUGUAUGCUACUUAACUUCCACAUGCUCGUCUCCGUGGAGGUGAUUACUGUUUUU